AUUCUUUAAAAUCACUUUGGCUCUCUUCCCAUUUGCCUUCCUCCAUGCUCUCCACCCAGCUUCUGAGCCGCGCCUCCCAGAAGGGCUCUGACUGCCAAGACCAGGCGCUCGGGCUCCGAGAGAGACUUGCUCCGAGGACAGAGCUUUGAGAGGUACGGCUGGGGCUGCUGUCUGGAGCCGCGUUACCAGAAAGCAGGGUGAAAAUGGAUGACUGGUGCUACCCAGUGAUCUUCCCAGAUGCACGGAACUUCCGCCCCUUCACUCCCGAAUCUCUGGCUGCAAUUGAGAAGCGGAUUGCCAUCCAAAAGGAGAAGAAGAAGCUCAAAGACCGGACAGUGGCAGAACCCCAGCCUCGACCUCAGCUUGACCUCAAGGCAUCCAGGAAGUUGCCCAAGCUCUACGGUGACAUUCCUCGUGAGCUGAUAGCGAAGCCCCUGGAAGACCUGGACCCAUUCUACAGAAAUCAUAAGACAUUUAUGGUGUUGAACAAAAAGAGAACCAUCUACCGCUUCAGUGCCAAGCGAGCCUUGUUCAUUUUUGGGCCUUUCAAUUCAGUCCGAAGUUUAACCAUUAGAAUCUCAGUCCAUUCAUUGUUCAGCAUGUUCAUCAUCUGCACUGUCAUUGUCAACUGUGUGUUCAUGGCCUCUAGUGGGAAGGACAACAGUACUGAGGAAGGCAGUUUUACUUCUGCGACUCCCGCUUCUUAUGCCGAGUAUGUCUUCACUGGGAUUUAUAUAUUUGAAGCUUUGAUAAAAAUACUGGCAAGAGGUUUUAUUCUGGAUGAGUUUUCUUUUCUUCGAGAUCCAUGGAACUGGCUGGACUCCGUUGUCAUUGCAACAGCGUUUCUGACGUAUGCCAAGGUCAGCGGUGGCAGCGGUCUGUCAUCCCUGCGCACUUUCCGAGUGUUGAGAGCUUUGAAAGCAAUUUCAGUAAUUUCAGGUCUCAAGGUCAUUGUGGGGGCCUUGCUGCGCUCUGUGAAGAAGCUUGUUGAUGUGUUGGUCCUGACUCUCUUUUGCCUCAGCAUCUUUGCCCUGGUAGGUCAGCAGCUCUUCAUGGGAAAUCUGAACCACAAAUGUGUCAGCAAGAACUGUAGUAACAUCAGUGACUUUGAAGAUGGGUGCUUUGAAAUGGAGGGUUCUGAGUUCAAAUUGUGUGGCUUCUGGUCAGAAGGGGCUUGUUCCUCCCAAUAUGAAUGCAAGAACACCAAAACGAAUCCUGACUAUAACUAUACAAAUUUUGACAACUUUGGCUGGUCUUUACUUGCCAUGUUCCGGCUCAUGACCCAAGAUUCCUGGGAGAAGCUUUAUCGACAGACCUUGCGUACCUCAGGGCUCUUCUCAGUCUUCUUCUUUGUGGUGAUCAUCUUCCUGGGCUCUUUCUACCUCAUUAACCUAACCCUGGCCGUUGUCACCAUGGCUUAUGAGGAACAGAACAGGAAUGUAGCGGCUGAGACAGAGGCCAAGGAGAAGAUGUUCCAGGAAGCCCAGCAGCUGUUAAAAGAGGAAAAGGAGGCUCUGGUUGCCAUGGGAAUUGACAGAAGUUCACUUAAUUCCCUUGAAGUGUCAUCUUUUUCCCCAAAGAAGAGAAAGCUAUUCGGUAAUAAGAGAAGGAAGUCCUUCUUUUUCAGAGAGUCUGGGAGAGAACAGGUUCUAGGAUCAGAUUCUGACCAAGAUUCCCAAAAACAGCCACACCUCCUAGAGCAAACCAAACGGCUGUCCCAGAACCUGUCUGUGGACUUCUCUGAAGAGCGUGGAGACCCUUUUCAAAGGCAGAGGGCUCUGAGUGCUGUCAGCAUCCUCACCAUCACCAUGCAGCAGCAAGAAAAAUCCCAGGAGCCUUGCCUCCCAUGUGGGGAAAACCUGGCAUCCAAAUACCUCAUAUGGGACUGUAACCCGCAGUGGGUGCGCUUUAAGAAGGUCCUGAGAACCGUGAUGACCGACCCCUUCACUGAGCUGGCCAUCACCAUCUGCAUCAUAGUCAACACCGUCUUCAUGUCCUUGGAGCAUUACAGCAUGUCUGACAGCUUUUGUUCUAUGUUGAAAACAGGAAAUUUGGUUUUCACUGGCAUUUUUAUGGCAGAAAUGUGCCUAAAAAUCAUCGCGCUUGAUCCCUACCACUACUUUCGCCGAGGCUGGAACAUUUUUGACAGCGUCGUUGCUCUUCUGAGUCUCAUAGAUGUGACAAACACACAGCAGCCGUUUUUCCGGAUCUUGAGAGUGCUGAGGGUUUUCAAGUUAGCCAAAUCUUGGCCAACUUUAAACACGCUGAUCAAGAUAAUAGGCCACUCCGUCGGAGCCCUUGGAAACCUGACUGUGGUCCUGGCCAUUGUGGUCUUUAUUUUCUCAGUGGUUGGCAUGCAACUGUUUGGCUCUAAAUUCGGUUGUAGAAGAAGCAACGUAAAACCCUAUGACCCUGAGUCCCCAUGUUCACGACGCUGGCACAUGGGGGAUUUCUUCCACUCCUUUCUGGUGGUGUUCCGCAUCCUCUGUGGGGAAUGGAUCGAAAACAUGUGGGAAUGUAUGCAAGAAGCUAACAUGUACAUGUGCAUUGCUGUAUUUCUGUUGAUCACAGUGAUAGGAAAACUCGUGGUGCUCAACCUCUUCAUUGCCUUGCUGCUCAAUUCCUUCAGCAAUGAGGAGCGAAAUGGAAACUUGGAAGGAGAGUCCAGGAAAACCAAAGUCCAGUUAGCCCUGGAUCGUUUCCACCGGGCUUUUUGUUUUAUGAUACAUACCCUGGACCAAUUUUGUCACAAGCGGUGCAGGAGGCAAAACUUACCGAAGCAAAAAGAGGCGACAGAAGGCUCUUCUGCAGAGAACAAAGACAUCAUCCCCCUGGUCACAGAGAUGAAAAAAGGCCCAGAGACCCGGGACGAGUUCAGUGCACUAACUUCUGCGCCGAAGCCCUUGAGUGUUGACCAUGCCCAGACUUGGCUGGCACCACUUGCAGAGGAAGAAGAUGACAAUGAAUUUCUUGACGAAGAUAAUGCACAGCCUGUCACACAACCUGAGGCUAGAAAAGAGGUCUGUGAGCUCCGUCGGGAGGCCAAGUCCACCUGCCCAAGAGUUCCAAGUGUGGAAAUCGAGGUGUUCUCUGAAGAUGCUGCUUAUCUGUCAGCACAGAAUCCCCGAAAGAAGUCCGACUCUGUCAGUGUGCUCUCAGAAUGCAGCACCAUUGAUCUGCAGGAUCCCUUUAGGUGGGUACUUGAAAGCAUUCCCCACAAGGAACCAGACAGAUGUUUUCCCAAAGGUCUGAGUUGCUUCUUCCCAUGUUGUGCUGUGAAUAAGAGAAAGUCCCCCGGGAUCAUUUGGUGGAACCUACGGAAAACCUGCUACCAGAUUGUGAAACACAGCUGGUUUGAGAGCUUUAUUAUCUUCGUGAUUCUGCUGAGCAGUGGAGCAUUGAUAUUUGAAGAUAUUAACCUCCCCACUCUACCCAAAAUCGAAACAUUACUUAAUUGUACUGACAAUAUUUUCACAUACAUUUUUAUCCUGGAGAUGGGUCUGAAAUGGGUGGCCUUCGGCUUUGGGAAGUACUUCACCAGUGCCUGGUGCUGCCUCGAUUUCUUCAUUGUGAUUGUGUCUGUGACCAGUCUCAUCAACCUAAAGCAACUGAAACCCUUCCGGAUUCUGCGAGCGCUGAGGCCCCUGCGCGCGCUGUCCCAGUUUGAAGGAAUGAAGGUGGUGGUGAACGCUCUCAUAGGUGCCAUACCUGCCAUUCUGAAUGUUUUGCUUGUCUGCCUCAUUUUCUGGCUUAUAUUUUGUAUCCUGGGAGUAAACUUGCUUUCUGGAAAAUUUCAUCGGUGCUUUAAUACAACAAAUAGCUCGUUCCUAUUAAAUCCAAAGGAUAUAGUUUACAAAAACCAAAGUCAAUGUAGGAGUGCAAAUCUCACCUGGUCCAACCUGAAAGUCAACUUUGAUGACGUGGGAAUGGCUUACCUCGCCCUGCUGCAAGUGGCAACAUUUAAGGGCUGGACAGAUAUCAUGCAUGCAGCUGUCGAUGUGGGGAAGGGAAGCGAGGCGCCAUCGUUCGAGAACAACAUACUCAUGUAUCUGUACUUUGUAGUCUUUAUCAUCUUUGGCUCAUUCUUCACUCUGAAUCUCUUUAUUGGCAUUAUAAUCGAUAACUUCAACCAACAGCAGAAAAAGUUAGGCGGCCAAGACAUUUUUUUGACGGAUGAACAGAAGAAAUACUAUAAUGCAAUGAAAAAACUAGGAUCCAAAAAACCUCAAAAGCCUAUUCCAAGGCCUCUGAACAAAUGCCAGGGCCUCGUGUUUGACCUGGUCACAAGCCAGGUCUUCGACGGCAUCAUCAUCAUCCUCAUUCUCCUCAACAUGGUCAGCAUGAUGGCUGAAUCGUAUGAGCAUCCCGACGUGGCGGGAGCGAAUAAGCAGCCCUACAAGAAGAAAGUCAUCCUGGAGCACCUCAACCUGGCCUUUGUGGCCGUCUUCACAAUUGAGUGCCUCAUCAAAAUCUUUGCUUUGAGGCAAUACUACUUCUCCAAUGGCUGGAAUUUAUUUGAUUGUGUGAUCGUGGUUCUUUCUGUCGUUAGUGCGAUGAUCUCCGCCAUAGAAAACGAGAAGAGCAUUCCUUUCCCUCCGACGCUCUUCCGAAUUGUUCGCUUGGCUCGGAUCGGCAGAAUCCUGAGGCUUGUUCGGGCAGCCCGAGGGAUCAGGACUCUCCUUUUCGCUUUGAUGAUGUCCCUUCCCUCUCUGUUCAACAUCGGUCUUCUACUCUUCUUGGUCAUGUUUAUUUAUGCCAUCUUUGGCAUGAACUUAUUUUGCAAAGUACAGCCAAGCGCUGGAAUCGAUGACAUAUUCAACUUUAAGACUUUUGUCGGCAGCCUGCUCUGCCUCUUCCAGAUCACCACCUCCGCUGGCUGGGACGCCCUCCUCUACCCCAUGCUGACACCGGAAGCCUCCUGUGGCUCUGACGGGAAGAACUGUUACCUCUCUACCAUAGCCAUCACCUACUUUGUCAGCUACAUCAUCAUCUCCUUUCUCAUUGUGGUCAACAUGUACAUCGCUGUGAUUUUAGAAAACUUCAAUAUAGCCACCGAAGAAAGUGAGGACCCUUUGGGAGAAGACGACUUUGAAAUGUUCUAUGAGGUCUGGGAAAAAUUCGACCCAGGAGCCACACAGUUUAUCGAAUAUUCUGUCCUUUCGGACUUUGCCGAUGCCCUCCCCGAACCUUUGCGGGUGGCAAAGCCAAACAAGUGUCAGUUUCUAGUAAUGGACUUGCCCAUGGUGAGCGGGGAUCGCCUUCACUGCCUGGACAUUCUCUUCGCUUUCACCACUAGGGUGCUCGGGAACUCCAACGGCCUGGACAGCAUGAAGGCAAUGAUGGAGGAGAAGUUCAUGGAAGCCAACCCCUUCAAGAAGCUGUACGAGCCCAUAGUCACCACCACCAAGAGGAUGGAAGAGGAGCGGUGCGCCGCUGUCAUUCAGAAGGCCUUUCGGAAGUACAUGGGGAGGGCGGCCAAGGGUGCCUUGGAAGACAGGCCGCGCUCACCACUACAGACACUCCUCACAGGGGACCUGUCGGGCUCCACGGUGGCCGAGGGCAAGGUCCACUGCGACUGAGCCCCUCGCUGCCACCUGUACCUCACGGCCUCGCCUCCAGCCUCUGAGCUCCAGGGACCCACAGCUCAGUGUGUGAGCGAACAGUGGACUCACUGAAUUAGCCGUUCCGUUGUUUUGUUUUGUUUUGUUUUCUCACUAAAAGAAGUGAUAUUUCAAGGUUCACUUCAAAUGGAUUUUACAGUGCCGUACGAUACGGCUGCCCGGCUGUGCCCGCUGGUACUGGUUUAAUAAGAAAGCAGACGCUAGAAAGGGCUGUAGAGGAACACUAACAUUAGGGUGAAACAGUUCAAAUUAAGUCAAAGCAGAGUAAGAAGCAAACAAACAUUUUAAAAUGUUAAAUUGUGUUUUUCCAUCUGUUUUGAGGUGCGUUAUCCAAUCCCUUUGUUUGAUGUUUUCCCCGCCGCAAGUGUGUGGCUUAUCACAUGUAGCUCUUUUGCACGCUCAGUAAAAACCCAAAACCUGCCAAUAAAGGAAUAGCUCAUUGCAGAUAUUUUUGCCAGCGUUAAAUAUUUGGGAUUUAUUUCAAACCUAAAAGCAUGAUCUUGACUUGUCAAUUACCACCCUAUCUUUCACCAGCUACAAUCUCUGUUACAUACAUUUGGAUAAAUAAAUACAUAAGGAAAUAAAUAA